AUCCCCUCAUCACCACCCACUACAAACUCUUGCUGUCCAAAAUGAGCUUACUUAAAUCCCUCCUUUCCUUCCUUGUUGCUACCCUUUACUUCACCUUUGCCGAUGCAGCCACAUUUGACAUAACUAACAAAUGCCCUUACACAGUCUGGGGAGCUGCCUCUCCCGGCGGUGGCAAGGAACUCAAAACCGGUGAGACAUGGACCAUUAGUGCUAAUCCUGGAACUACCCAAGCACGCAUUUGGGCUCGUACCAACUGUCAAUUUGAUGCUUCUGGGAAAGGCAAGUGCGAGACUGGUGAUUGCAAUGGGCUUCUUGUUUGUCAAGGCUACGGUGCAGCCCCUAACACCUUAGCCGAAUACGCACUAGACCAGUUUGAACACCAAGAUUUUAUCGAUAUCUCUGUGAUUGAUGGGUUUAACGUUCCUAUUGUUAGUAGUAUGCCCUAG